CCCCGGAAUUUCUGUCCUGUUCGUCUCCCACCAAAAUCUUCUCCUGCCGACUUUGAGCCUCUUUCACCACCUGGAAAUUAUGCCGAGUGUCAUCCAACUCACGCUCUUUCAUCAGGAUCGCCUGAAGUACUGGCAGCUGCAAGAGAAUGGACCUUGAAGAUGCAGAGGCUCUUAUAGAGCAUGUGAUAUACCCCGACGAGUCUUCUGCAUCAGCCUAUGAGACGGGUUCAGAGGAUGAAAGCAGCUCAUCUCAUGACGAGCAAGCCAUUAUUGCUCACUCUUCCAGAGCUAGCUCUGUGAAGAGCAGAGGCACAAGGACGAGAAAGAGAGGCAAUCUCGUUUCUGAAAAUGAAGAAAUAUCAGAUUCCGGAGAAAGGCAAAGUGCUAUAGGGGAUCGAGCUAGCAUCACUCCAAGCGUGGACCACCAAGUUUUCGAAGAUGCUAAGGAGUGGGCAUCCACUUUUCAGGCUCCUGAAUCACCUGGUGAUAUCAAAGAUCCACCAAGACGUGCCGCCGGAAGUCGUACCAAGAGGAAGACUCACAAGCCAGCGAAUGAAGUCAGAGCCAAGCGGCUGAAGCGGUACUACAACAAUGAUUACCGAGAGAUUUUGAACAUCGAUAUUGAGGAUACUGCAGCCGGGAGAAUUCAGGAAGACCAGUAUCCGCUUCAAGAAAGUCAGAUUGGAUCCUCGAUAUGGACGUCUUCGGAGAAAGAUAUGUUUUUCACGGCUUUGAUCAGAUUGGGACGAGACAGUGUCCGUGAUAUCGCAGCUCGAAUUCGUAGCAAAUCCGAGCUGCAAGUACAGGAGUACAUCCAACUAUUACAUCAAGCCAUCAGUGAGAGACGUUUACAUGAGAGGCGAUUACUGGCACCAACAGAUAUGCCUGCAGCCGUCCAGAUCAGCGACGAGUGCAACGGCGUUCUCGAAAGAGCUGGCGAUGCUUUAGCCAUCCGCCAAGAACUAGCUGAGGAGAAGAUUGAGAAGAUCAAAUGGGGCGAUUCUUGGCUGCUCACCAAAGAAGUCAGUCGGUUUAUGGAGAAGCGCCGAAAAGAAGAAGGCGGCGAGGAGGCUUUGGAGGAGGCCUUGCCAGCUGUGAAUCUGUUCAAUCUCAAGCAUUGGCUUGAGUUGUCCGAGAAAAUCUUCAUGAAUCCUGCUGCUCCUAAUGAAGAGGGAAAUUGGGAAACUCUGGCCGAGGCGGGAGAGAAGCCUGCUAUUCGGGCAACUGCAUUCACGGACUUUCAUUCUCUUGCUGUCAAUAUCACGAAGCGGCUUGUGUCAACCACCUUCUAUUGCACCAUGUCGAGAUCGCGAGCAAGAGAAUCGAAUAAAGUCAAACACGCGGAGGUCAGCCCUGGUGACGUGGAAGCUGCUGUGAACAUCUUAGGCUUGAAGGCCAACAGUAACGCAUUUUGGAUUGGCUCUGCCAGGAGGUGUCACUUAAAGGUAGUGGACGAUGAUGCAGAGGAAGAAGAGGACGAGGAACAGGAACAGGAAGACCAGUACAUGGUAUACAACGACGUCGAAGCAGCCUUAUCUUCCUCAAUUCCUCCACGAUCAAGAUCCACAAGCCGACAAGCCCUCUCCAGACCAUCAUCCCGCUCCUCAGCACAUUCAGAUCUCCCAUUAUCCUCUCCAUCAUCCCUCGACCUCGACAUCUCAUCCUCAGACUCUUCAGUAGCAGACUACCCCACCUCAACCGCCGAGAACUCGGACUCCUCUUCCAUCUCCUCCACCUCAUCGACACAUUUCCAUUUCUCCACCCGACGGCAAGAAGCCAAACUGAAGAAAAAAACAGCACGCAAAGCUUCCGAGAAAGCUCAACACGCCUACACCGAAGCAUUCGAUAUACGAGCUAGCCAGCUAGAAGAAGCACGUCUUUGGGCACUUUUGAAGCAAGACCCGCCGUUUGAGGUAGAGGAAGUG